AUCAAAGCUAGCUAACACCUACCUUGUGUAGUUGAAGUAUGGUUGCCUUCUCGAGUCGUGCACAUGUUCACAUAGCUAUUAAAUUGUUACAAAUGUUUUAAAACUCUGAAAUCCAAUGCAUUCCUAGUAGCUUGAAAAACUGGGUAACGAUUUAGGCUAAUUGCUAACCAGCAGUAGUUGAUCGAUUCAUUUCUUCCUUAAAAGGGAAUUGUGUGUAUAUAUAGCAAUAUAUCAGCGCAGUGUACCGUAGUAUCAUGCCGUAGUUUGUGAGCAUGUAGAUAUAUAAUUAAAAUAAGUCAGAAAGGAGUGGAACAAGUUGGGGUCGCAGUACUAGCUAGCUAACAUUAGCUAACUAGCUAACAUUCCAUUGUUUGAGUACAUAGUUAGCUAACUAUUAGCUGGCCAAUGGCUACUUGGAUAACUAGGUUGCUGUGGAUUAUUUUUAAUUACACUUUGUCUGAAAUGCAUUGUCUAGUCUAGCUUUAAAGAACACCGCUAUAGCUACAACAUUGCCCUAAUUUGGAAGACGAAAGGCAGCAGCCGACCUUCCAAUACAGAGUCUGUGCUAGCCCACAAUCCAUUUGAGUGGAGUUCUUAUUUGUCUGUCUUACUGUUGCGCAAGAGAGACACAUGAAAAUUGUCUUAACUACAUAAUCAAGCUUGACAAAAGACAGAGGACUAGGUGUGGAUGACCCCUCCCCUUACGAGAUGUAACAGGAUGCUGAACCAUCACUGUAGAAGGAACCCCGAGCUUCAAGAGGAGCUGCAGAUACAGGCUGCAGUGGCAGCGGGGGAUGUGUACACUGUCAGGAAGAUGCUGGAGCAAGGCUACUCUCCGAAGAUCCGUGAUGCCAACGGGUGGACCCUGCUCCACUUCUCCGCUGCCAAGGGGAAGGAGAGAUGUGUCCGGGUCUUCCUGGAGCACGGAGCUGACCCCACAGUAAAGGACUUCAUCGGCGGCUUCACGGCGCUCCACUAUGCCGCCAUGCACGGCCGUGCGCGCAUCGCCCGCCUCAUGCUGGAGUCGGACUUCCGCAGCGACAUCAUCAAUGCCAAGAGCAAUGAUGGCUGGACGCCGCUGCAUGUGGCUGCCCACUAUGGCCGCGACUCUUUCGUGCGGCUCCUCCUUGAGUUCCGUGCCGAGGUGGAUCCCCUCAGCGACAAGGGCACCACGCCCCUCCAACUCGCUAUCAUCCGUGAGCGCUCCAGCUGCGUGAGAAUCCUGCUGGACCACAGCGCCAACAUCGACAUUCAAAAUGGCUUCCUGCUGCGCUACGCCGUCAUCAAGGGGAAUCAUUCCUACUGUCGUAUGUUCCUGCAGCGGGGUGCGGACACUAACCUGGGUCGCCUCGAGGACGGGCAGACCCCGUUGCACCUAUCUGCACUAAGAGACGACGUGCUGUGUGCUCAGAUGCUUUACAAGUACGGCGCCGACACCAACACAAGGAACUACGAGGGCCAGACUCCCGUGGCGGUGUCGUCGAGCAUGUCGGGCAUCAGCCGGCCCUGCCUGGACUUCCUACAGGAGGUCACCAGACAACCCAGGACUUUGCAGGACAUGUGUCGGAUAAACAUCCGGCAUCACAUAGGCCUCCAGAGCUUGACGUUUCUGGAGGACCUGCCCAUUGCCAAGGUCAUGAAAGACUACCUAAAACACAAGUUUGACAAUGUGUGAUGACAAGAGUUUUGUUUUUUUAUAUACCACACGAACCAGGCAGACGGAGAACGUCGUUCUCUCCUUUCAUCAGACUAUGCAAGCAUUGUGCUACCUUCCGUUGUCUGUAGCCUGGAGGAGGUGCAGGACCAGGUUUCUGUACAACCUCCAGAGGUCACUUUGUAACCUCAGUUAAACACGUAGCUGGAUGCAGACGGAGUAUCUUUCUCUCUCCACCGUGUUUCGAACCGCGUUAGCAGCAUUACGUCUUUGGAUGGAUGGGAACAGGUGGCAAUGUUUCAAGUAGGGCUUUGUUUCAAUCAUGAUGAAUGGUUGAUGAAGGGGUGCUGUCCUACUUCCUGUUGUGGAAUAAAGCUUGUUUUGAUAGAAAUGAGAUGACCGGCGAUUCGCUGCUGUCUUGUUACCCAUAAUGUAUGUCACAUGUCAGUCCACAUCAAGCCAAUGAUUGUUUUUGUGGAGAUGAAGUGUUCCUAUUAGUUUUCAUGAAGACGCCAACAUUUCUUUGCUGUGGUAAAUCUGGGCAAGUUGAGCAUGAGAGAGAGAGGUUUGUCAGACUGACAUUCUUUCUUUUUUAUGUGUAAAACUUGUUGCAGAAUGGGUCAAUCUUGUGUUGCAGCAUUUCAAAUAAUCAGGUUAUCAAAACCUCUUAAUUAUUCAAGUAUUGCAAAAGCUCAGUGUUGAGUUAACUCAAGCUUGAGUUGGCUAAAGUAGACCCGUUUUGACUUGAUUUAUUGAUUGAAGGAUUCACAAGUGAGUGAUACGGAGGAGGGUUUUCAGUAGAGGGGAGGCCUGAGUUUUCCACAUUUACAGUAGGUGUUGACAAGAUGAUCCAUCCAGCACGACUCGGUGAAGUCUGUCUGCAAUGGUUACCAUGUACAGACAUAAACAUCCUUAAAAAACUAUGUAAAUAAUUGUCAUAUAUGUACAGCAGAUAUUUUUCUAGAAUAAUUUAAGCGAUGAUCUCUUGUAUUCUUAAUGUAUUUGGAGUUUGUUGGAUGGUAUUGUGUGCUGUUGAUGUGACCCAUGUAUUGGUUUUCUAUGUGUAUGCGUGUCUUUUAAGAGUUUUAGAAGAUAUGCAUGUGUAUUUUUGAAACUAAAUAUUUAGUUAAAAUUAUUUUUACUUUGUGGGAGAUGGAACGGGUAUUGGGUUAAGAAUAAAAUAAGUGCAUUUGUGUUUAAAUGUCAAUGGCCCUGUUUUUAAAUCAUAUUUGUUCACAUUUGUGUUAAGAUUUUUUCCCCCAUUUUUCCCCCAUUGUCACUGAUAUUAAUGUAUGGUGUUUACAUAGAUUUUUGCAUGAUUUCAAAGACAGUAUUUGCAUAGUUUUUUGUCCAACAUUUCAAAGUGAUGUCUGCGUUGUAAUUCUGAACAGACAUAAAGGGGUGGUAGAGGUCUUCCUCUUGCUGAUGCAAUGUUUUGUUUAAUUUGCAUCUGGCCUGUGGUCAAACGGCAGUACUCUGCUCCCUAACUUAGAUUUGAUUUAGAUUUGAAUUAUAAGCGCAGACUUUUCUAAUUCACUUUGAAUACUUUUCGACAGCACAUUAUUCUGUUGCAGAGACUUUAAAACAGGGGUCGGCAACAGGCGGCCGCGAGCCCUCAGGAUUUUCCUUUUGGGUCAAAAAAUACAAAUCAACAGGAAUUCAGGUAAAAACUCAUUUAAUUUAGGAAAUCAGUUCAAUUAUUUCCAUAAAUAAAUGAUCGUGUCUCAAGGUAUGAAAUUGUACUUGAAAAUAACGAUUUAUUUUUGGGAUUAGUUGUGUUCAAUUUGCAGUGCACAAAUUAUUAGAAAUAUGUUCUGGCGUUGCGACCAUCCGCUCUGACAAAAAUCAGCCAGCGGUUUGAGUUGCCUACCCCUACCUUAACCAACUGGUACAAAUGUUGAAAUGCAGGUUGAUCCUCCGUCCUUAGUUAAUGAAAGGAGUUUGUUUUUAUUUAUAUAUAUAUGUGUGUGUGUGUGUGUGUGUGUGUAUGUAGAUAUAUAUGUGUCGUACCAGUCAAAAGUUUGGACACCUACUCAUUCCAGGUCCGUGGGGCGACGCACAAUUGGCCUAGCGUCGUCCGUCCGGGUUAGGGAGGGUUUGGCCGGUAGGGAUAUCCUUGUCUCAUCGCGCACCAGCGACUCCUGUGGCGGGCCGGGCGCAGUGCGCGCUAACCAAGGUUGCCAGGUGCACGGUGUUUCCUCCGACACAUUGGUGCAGCUGGCUUCCGGGUUGGAUGCGCACUGUGUUAAGAAGCAGUGCGGCUUGGUUGGGUUGUGUAUCGGAGGACGCAUGACUUUCAACCUUCGUCUCUCCCGAGCCCGGAGACAAGAUAGUAGCUACUAAAAAAACAAUUGGAUACCAUGAAAUUGGGGAGACAAAGGGGUAAAAUAAAUGUUUUAACUAUGAAAUGACACAUGGAAUCAUGUGGUAACCAGAAAAGUGUUAAAUAUAUUUUAUAUUCUUCCAAGUAGCCACCCUUUGCCUUGAUAACAGCUUUGCACACUUCGCAUCCUCUCAGCCAGCUUCAUGGAAUGCAUUUCAACAAGGCAUUGCCUUGUUAAUUUGUGGAAUUUCUUUCCUUCAUGUGUUUGAGCCAAUCAGUUGUGUUGUGACAAGGUAGGGUUGGUAUACAGAAGGUUUCUUCAAGUGCAGUUGCAAAAAUUAUCAAGCCCUAUGAUGAAACUGGCUCUCAUGAGGACCGCCACAGGAAAGGAAGACCCAGAGUUACCUCUGCUGUGGUAUGAUGAAACUGGCUCUCAUGAGGACCGCCACAGGAAAGGAAGACCCAGAGUUACCUCUGCUGCAGAGGAUAAGUUCUUUAGAGUUACGUGGAGGUGCUUUGCUGGUGACACUGAUUUAUUUAGAAUUAAAGGCACACUUAACCAGCAUGGCUACCACAGCAUUCUGCAGCGAUACGCCAUCCCAUCUGGUUUACACUUAGUGGGACUUUCAUUUUUAUUUUUCCACAGGACAAUGACCCAAAAACACACCUCCAGGCUGUGUAAGGGCUAUUUGACCAAGGAGAAUAAUGGAGUGCUGCAUCAGAUGACCUGGCCUCCACAAUCACCCGACUUCAACCCAAUUCAGAUGGUUUGGGAUGAGUCGGACUGCGGAGUGAAGAAAAAGCAGCCAAGAAGUGCUCAGCAUAGUUGGGAACUCCUUCAAGACUGUUGGAAAAGCAUUCCAGGUGAAGCUGGUUGAGAGAAUGCCAAGCGUGUGCAAAGCUGUCAUCAAGGCAAAGGGUGGCUACUUUGAAGAAUCUCAAAUAUAAUAUAUAUUUUGAUUUAACACUUAUUCCACAAUGUAGAAAAUAGUAAAAAUAAAGAAACUCUUGAAUGAGUAGGUGUGUCUAAACGUUUGAUUGGUACUGUAUGUAUGUGUGUAUGUAUAUAUAUAUAUAACACCGCUUGCUAUUGAUCAGCAUCAUAGAUAUGGACAAGUGUUUUUCUAACCAUCUGCCUGACAAGGAAAAAUCAUGGGCUGGGGUGUAUUCAUUACGCCGAUUCUGUUGCAAAAAGGAACAAUACGGGGAGGGACCAAGCUGAAUUUGUCCAAUAGAAACUCUUGUUUUCACUGUUUGGACUAAUGAUUACACCCCUCAUAUUUUAGCCCAUAACUAGCACCCCAAGGUUUUCCUGGCCAAGUCAUGUAGUCAGGAAAAACUCUUGGGCCAAAUCACAGAAUUUAAGCUGACAGGUAGACUAAAUCUAGAGUUAGUUUUUAGUUCUGUCACUAGUUGUUCAUCCCACAACCACACUUCAGUUGCAUUUCCUGUGGUUUAAUGUCCUCUGUCUGAUUUUGGAUAAAAAAAAACAUUUUGUAAGACAGACUGUUUAUAUACAGUGAGCAGAGAGAGAGAUUGUUGUAUGUGAUUCACAGGGUCUUAUCCUGGGUCUUGUUCAUUAGGGCAUGCAAUGGAAAGUUUUUUAAUAUGAUUUCGGGGCGGCAGCGUAGCCUAGUGGUUAGAGCGUUGGACUAGUAACCGGAAGGUUGCGAGUUCAAAAACCCCCGAGCUGACAAGGUACAAAUCUGUCGUUCUGCCCCUGAACAGGCAGUUAACCCACUGUUCCCAGGCCGUCAUUGAAAAUAAGAAUGUGUUCUUAACUGACUUGCCUGGUUAAAUAAAGGUAAAAUUAAAAAAAAAAAUUUAAAUUCUGACAGAAACCAAAAAUGUGUGUUUCUUAUUGGACAAGUCCAAGUAGUCCAUCCCUGUAUGAGUCCAUUUUCUUCAGUUUGGUACGUAAUGAACACCACCCUGCAUUGUGUGCCUCCACAAGUCUCGGAGGGGGGGGGGGACAGUUCAUACAUGUCUUAUGUUGUGUUGGGAGUAGGGUGUAGUUGCCUCUAGUCACUGAUCUUGGGUCAGUUUUACAUUUCGCCCAGUAUUGGUUACGGUUAGGAUUUGGAGAGGGGAAGCUGAUCCUAGAUCUGUACUUAGGGGAAACAUCACCCCAAAGCAAUAUGUUGCAGGGUUAGGAGUUUUACCUGGACAAUGGGAUCUGACCAGGAAGAUACCCAAGGCUCCUGAGUUUUUCCCAGCCAGGUUACAUGGUUUAUGGCCCUCAAACUCAACUCUGGACCUCGAAGCCAGUUCUACUGCUUUUUUCUUCAUUGUUCGCUUCAAAUCAUGGACUGAUUUAGACCUGGGACACCAGGUGGGUGAUUCCCCUCUAAUCAUGGACUGAUUUAGACCUGUGACACCAGGUGGGUGAUUACCCUCUAAUCAUGGACUGAUUUAGACCUGUGACACCAGGUGGGUGAUUACCCUCUAAUCAGGGACUGACUUAGACCUGGAACACCAGGUGGGUGAUUCCCCUCUAAUCAUGGACUGAUUUAGACCUGUGACACCAGGUGGGUGAUUCCCCUCUAAUCAGGGACUGACUUAGACCUGGGACACCAGGUGGGUGAUUACCCUCUAAUCAGGGACUGACUUAGACCUGGGACACCAGGUGGGUGCAAUGAAUUUUCAGGUAGAACAGAAAACCAGCAGGCUCUUGACAUCGUAGGGUCAGAGUUGAAUACCCUGGUCUAUGGGAUCUGACCAGGAAGAUACCUAAAGCCCCCCCCGAGUUCUUCCCAGUCAGGAGAAACUACUGGUCCCUCCUAUGUAGCUCUCUAAUGGAUAUGUCUUCCACAACAUCAACUACUGAAUGUACAUAAUAUGCAGAUUUGUAAAUGUAAAAAUGUGUGAAUAAACAAACGUCAUAAUA